CCCACCUUAGUCUACACUGCAGGCAAGUCUUCUCUUUGAACACCUCUCUCUCUCUUUCUCUCUCCUCACCGUUAAUGGCGGCUCCCCCUUCCCCUCUCCCCAGUCAAAACAUCCAUCUCCUGGAGCUCCAAUCCCCCUCUAAAACCACCCACGCGCCUCAAUUUCACCUCAAUUAACCAAUCCCCAAAAUGGAUCAAACUCACCAAGCAAUCCUCGCCGCCAUCGCCAGCUUCUUCGUCGUAACCCUAGUCCUCGGCAUCAUCAUCAUCCUCUGCAACACCGAGUCCAAGCACCACCGCCGCCGCCGCCGCUCUCACCCGAGCCCCUCCGUCUUCGACAGCUUCGACCCGAGCCUCCCCCACGUCUCGAUGCAGGAGCUCGUCGCCGCCACACAGAACUUCUCCAAAGACCUCAUCAUCGGCGACGGCAGCUUCGGCCUCGUCUACAAGGCUCACCUCCGCCGCUCCGACACCGUCGUCGCCGUGAAGAAGCUCUCCCCCGACGCCUUCCAAGGCCUCCGCGAAUUCCAAGCCGAGAUCGAAACCCUAGCCAAGAUCCGCCACCCGAAUAUCGUCCGGAUCCUCGGGUACUGCGCCACGGGUCAGGAUCGGGUCCUGAUUUACGAGUUUAUCGAGAAAGGCAGCCUCGACCAAUGGCUGUACGACACGUCGGAUGGUGAUGGUGGUGAUGACGUGGAAAAAUUCGCGCCGCUGACGUGGCACUCGCGGAUGGGAUUGGUGAGGGGGGUAGCGGAGGGGCUGGCGUACAUGCACCACGAGCUGGCGAUCCCGAUCAUCCACAGGGACAUCAAGGCGAGCAACGUGCUGCUGGACACGGGGUUCGGGGCCCACAUCGCGGACUUCGGGCUGGCGAGGAGGGUGGAGGGGCCCCACUCGCACGUGUCGACGCAGGUGGCGGGGACGAUGGGGUACAUGCCGCCCGAGUACGUGGAGGGGUUUGCGGCGGCGACGAUGGCGGGGGACGUGUACAGCUUCGGGGUGCUGGUGGUGGAGGUGGUGACGGGGAGGAGGCCGAGCCUCCCGUUCCCCGGGGAGGACGGGAGGGAGGUGAGGCUGAUGGAGUGGGCGAAGGCGAUGGCGGGGGCCGGGAGGUAUGUGGAGAUGGUGGAUGGGUGCAUUGCGAGGGAGGAUUUGGAGAAGGGCGUGGUCGAGGAGGUUGUCAAGAUCGGGCUCGAGUGUGCGCAUCAUCAUACCAAGAAUAGGCCUACUAUGAAUCAAGUGGUGGAGCAGUUGAAUCACAUUUUGGGUGUUGUUGGAUCGUCUAAAUUCUUGUGACUUGUAACUAAUUCUUUGCCACUCACUAUGUCUUUGCAUUCAAACAUUUAAUAUUUUCCAAUAUGGAUAUGGAUGGAUCUAGCA